CGAAAAACAAAGGUUCUUGAGAAAGGGCAUGUACAGUGGCUAGCGUUGUUUCCAAUUUCCGGGCUUCUCAAAUGUCGAAACUGGCACCGUCCGUAUUUCGUCCGCAGUCAUCCAGACUGUGAGUGCGUGCGAGAGAGUGGUCGUAGCAUGUUCAAAGGUUGGACGCGCAAACAGUUUCGGGGUAAGCACGCAACGUACAAGACACUCAGUGUACAAUAG